AUGCUCAUGGUGAUUUGGUCACUGAUAUGGGGUUUGGCAACAACAUUUUGGUGCUGCAGUGGAAAUUCGUUCGCCGUGCCGUCUAAUGUGGAACUUCGAGAACGAAUACUUGCAGAAAAAGUGGCACUUCGAGAUGAGCUUCGAUCCCAUACCUGGUUUGCAAGAUCAAGUAAUUUCAAUAGGUAUUUGAUGCUUGUGGAACUGAGUUUCUAUUUGGCUGACAUCAUACUGGACUUCCAGAUGUUCUGGUUGUACCAGGACAGGCAGCAUUAUUGGUUUGCAGCCGCACAGGGUUUUAUAAUUCUUCGAACCAUUGAUCUGGCUCUGAAGCAUCUGAAACGCAUUGUUUGUUCAUCCUGGCUUCUCUCUGAUGGCAUUCUUUCAGGACGAAUCUCCGAACAGAUGCUGUCUUGUCACUUCUGCAGAGCGAAAAAACUGGCGAAGCUGUCCUUUCAAUGUUUCUUCAAAUCUACGGCUUGUUUUACAUGA